AUGAUUCAAACGAAUUUUCGUAAUAUGCGGGUACGCCUCAACAAUUCGCCAAGGAAUCACAAACCUGCAACGAAUAUAAGAGAAGGUCGCGUUGAAAUUAGCACCGAUUUUGGUCGUACAUGGGGUACUGUGUGUGCCACCCAUUGGAGUUUUCGUGAGGCGAAUGUUGUCUGCCGCCAACUGAAUAUGGGUUAUGCGGCAGCUACAAAUCAAACCCAGCAAUUCGGUAACAGUACAACCCAUCCGUGGGGUAUUGUAGGUACUCUGUGUCGUGGCAGUGAAAAGCUUUUACGUGAUUGUUAUCGUGAAACAACAUAUCCGAAAAUAUGUAAUGCCCCCAAUCCAAAUGUGGCUGUGGUUAGGUGUAUUGAUCGGGUACCCGAUUUGCAAUUGGGUGUUCCAGAAAUACAAAGAAAUGCCUAUUUGGAUACACAACCAUUGUCGCGGUUGACAUGUGCCAUGGAAGAGAAUUGUUUAUCGAGAGAUGCCUAUGAAAUUGUACGCAGCCAACCGGGAGCAUUGAGAAAACUAUUGCGAUUCGAAACGAAGGCGGAAAAUGUGGGUGGGGCAGAUUUUAGCCCAUAUGCCAAUUAUGAUCAAUGGCAGUGGCAUCAGUGUCACAAUCAUUAUCACAGUAUGGAGGCAUUUGCAAGUUUUGAUAUUUAUGAUUUGAACUAUAGGAAAAUGGCUCAGGGCCAUAAGGCAUCAUUUUGUCUGAUGGACACCUCAUGUCGACCGGGUAUACGUCCCAAACAUACAUGUGGCAAUCGGGAACAAGGUAUUUCGGUGGGCUGUUCGGACACCUAUAACGCUCAACUCGAUUGCCAAUGGGUUGAUGUUACAAAUUUACCCAUACAUCGCACGUACAUCCUUCGUGUGGCCAUCAAUCCGGAUUAUGCCAUAAGUGAAGAAUCAUUCGAAAAUAAUGGUGCCGAAUGUUUGUUGGACUAUACGGGUGAACGUCUUACAACCAGAUUAAGAAAUUGUACACAAACUCCUCUGUGGUAUGCCAAAUAA